CUGUAACAGCCGACGCGGCGAUCUCCCGGCGGCUCCAGCCCAGGUUGCCGCCAGCAGCUCUUGAAUCUAUAUAUACAUAUAUAUAUCAAGUAUUUGCGACAACUCAACGUCUUCUCUUCCAAUUGUCCCCACUGCUGUUUCCAUUCAGAGAAAUUAUCUUGGUUUCUCUGGUAUUUAGUUUCUAUUACUGAGCAGGCUGUCAAGGUACACCACCAUGGGAAACAAGGUCCUGGAUGCUGCUGAAGUGGCCAAGCAUAACAGUGCAGACAGCUGCUGGGUCGUGCUGUACGGGAAAGUCUAUGAUGUAACAGACUUUCUCCAAAAACAUCCUGGCGGUGCCCAAAUAAUUCUCCAGCUCGCUGGUAAAGAUGCGACGGAUGAAUUCGAUCCUAUCCACCCUUCCGGCACCCUGGAGGAUAAUCUUAAACCGGAAGCAUUUCUGGGCACCAUCAAUCCGGAUACGUUAUCUAAGGCAACAUCCCGUGCUGAACCCGAGAGCAAGAUCGAGCGGACGACCAAUAAGCCCCCCUCCAUAUCCUCGCUUUUAAAUCUCGAUGACAUAGAAGCAGUGGCUAAGAAGCAAAUAAGCAAUAAGGCCUGGGCAUACUAUUACUCUGCCGCAGACGAUCUCAUAUCGAAAUCGCUAAACAACACCGUCUACCGCUCCAUCCUCCUCCGUCCACGGGUCUUCAUCGACUGCACAAAAUGCGACCUCUCCACCAACGUCCUGGGCCAUAAACUUGGAUUGCCCAUUUACGUUUGCCCAGCUGCUAUGGCCCGCCUCGCACAUCCGGCAGGAGAAGCAGGGAUUGCCGCCGCCUGCUCCAAGUUCGGCGCGAUGCAACUGAUCUCCAACAAUGCCUCCAUGACUCCGGAAGAAAUCGUACAAAACGCAACCGAUGACCAAGUCUUCGGCUGGCAGCUCUACGUCCAAACUGAACGCAAAAAGAGCGAAGCAAUGCUCGCCCGCAUCAAUAAGCUCAAAUCCAUAAAAUUCGUCUGUCUGACCCUCGACGCCCCCGUUCCCGGUAAGCGCGAGCACGACGAACGCACCCGGGCUCUUGCGCAGACGACAUCCGUUUCCAGCCUCCUUAAGGCAUCUGGAGGCACGGCAAUCGGAGGCGGCGCAGGGAUCGGCCAGCAAUUAUUCGCCGGCACGGACUCGUCACUCACCUGGACCACAACCCUCCCCUGGCUGGCGCAACACACGAAUUUACCCAUCGUCCUGAAAGGAUUACAGACGCAUGAGGAUGCGUAUAUCGCAUCAUUGCAUGCGCCACAGGUCAAGGCGAUUAUCCUGUCAAACCACGGCGGGCGGGAGAUGGACACGGCGCCGACAGCGGUGCAUACGAUGAUGGAGAUUCGGAAGCACUGUCCCGAGGUGUUUGGAAAGGUGGAGGUGUGGGUUGAUGGGGGGAUUCGGCGGGGCACAGAUGUAGUGAAAGCGUUGUGUCUCGGGGCACGGUGUGUUGGGGUUGGGAGGGCGCCGUUGUUCGGCCUUGGUGCCGGUGGCGUUGAGGGGGUUGAGCGAGUAUUGGAGAUUCUCUCCACUGAAACGGCAACAGCCAUGCGACUCCUGGGCGUCGAAAAAGUUGAUGAUCUAGGCAUGCAGCACAUUAAUGCCCGUGCCGUGGAGCAACAAAUAUAUGAUGGCCCAGCAGGGCUGCACGCACUGGAUCGCUUGGUUAAACCUAAAAUAUAA